CCUCUGACACUUCGUGUGCAGAACAGUAUUACUCCGCCAUUUGUUCUCAAGCAAGCUUUCGGCCAUCUGGUUACAUUAUUUUCCGAACGGAUUUGUGAGAAUCCGGCAUUACCCUGGAGAGCUAGAUUUACAUUUUGAUAGCAGAAAUGAGCACAAAUGGUUUCACAUCAGAGGAUGACAGUAGAGGAGGCCAUGACCAAGUGUGCUGUUUGAUUGAUGAUGGUGAGAGAUGUCAGAAUCAGGCAGGCAAUGCAAGCUAUAGCAAAAGGAUCCAGAAGACAGUACAGCAGCGCAAGCUGAAACUAAUUCGUGAUGAUUCGGUGCCUCAUAUCUACAUUUGUGAUUAUCACAAGAAUGUUAUUCAGCGUGUGCGUACUAAAAGGAGGAGGAAAGAGAGCGUGGAUGGCAGAGGUUCACCCGACAUGGAUGACUACCCAGAGAUUGACUUCUUUCAGAUCCCAGUCAACACACUUAGACGGUACAAGAGACAUUUUAAGAUACCAAACCGCCCAAAUAUGAAUAAGUCACAGCUGGCUGAGAUGGUUGCUAAACACUUUCAUUCAAUGGAAGUGGAAGAGAAAGAAGCACUGGCCUAUUUCAUUUAUGUGGCCAAAAACUUCAAGAACAGGCUGGACCAUCCACGACCCAUUGAAAGUGGAACAAGUUAGGUUCUUUUCAAAAUAACUGAGAUCGCUGGACUGCAUUCAGAUGCAUAACGUUUGUAUAUUGGCCUUUUGUUAAUGGAUAUUUACAACAACUAUGAUGAAACAGUGAACAGAGAGAGUGGUAAGGAAAAGAGUUCCUUUUUUUUUUUUGAGUUGAAUGUUUGCUUUGUGAAACUGUGUUGCUACCUUUGGUUCCUGUGAAAAUCAGAUCUGAAUGCAGAAAGAAAACAAGGAAAAAUUUGUCCACAUAUAUUUCAGCCCUUUGUGGUGGAAGAUGACACAUUUAUUUCCUGCAUUUCCAUCAGUAUGGGUCAGAUGAUGUUGGUUUUAGAUAUUACACCAGUUAUUUUAUUCUGGGAGAGGGGCAAUUUUCAUAAAAAAUUUUUUGUGAAGUUGAGAGAAAUAGAAUGUCAUAUCUCCGUGGAGUCAUGGGAAUCUUCACGUUUUAAAUAAAUGCAAAGAGGGGUAAGGGAUGGGAAGAACGGGUGGUUUUCAUUAGAAAUGGGCUCCAGGUUUAUCACAUUUAUUCCUCAAGUUGCAUUUAAAUUUAUUUGCUUGACAUGAUUAGGUUUUCAUAUUAACACUGGCAAACCAUUUAAAAUUACACCUGGGAUGUUUUUUUAACUGGACAUCAAUUUUUGUUUUAAAUUUACGGGAUGUGAAAAAGCCAUUCUUAACAACCUUAAAGUAUAACCAACACUUGUAUGAAUUUAUGAAGAUUUUUAAAUGUGUGAAUGAUGAAAGUAAAGGGAUCAUUUAAAGAAAAAAAA